GGGUAGGUGUCAUCAGCAGAUGUUCACCAGAGGUCUGACACAACACCAUCAGAGGGAAGACAGUGGAGGCAACCAUGCAUGCUUAAAAGAGGGCAAGCAUUUCCUCCUUGUUUGUACUUGAACCCCUUCUGGUUUCGCCUGGAUGCGUCUGCCUAGCAUAACAUAUACCUUGUUACUGAUGUGAAGGCAAUCCAGAGGAAGUGUAUCCAUUAUCAAGCCAGUAUGUGUGUUUAAGAGUGCACCAUCCAUUGUUUAGUUUUUUAUUUGGUCUGCAGAAUCUGCACAACUUAUUAGUACUUUAUCGUAUAGUUUAAAUAACUUAAAUAAAACGUCAAAUGUAUUACUUAUUUUACUAUUUUUACACACAUUAAAAGGUCCAGUGUGUAGAAUUUAGUAGCAACUAGUGGUGAGGUUGCAGAGGACAACCAACUGGAUAACCCCUCCCCAACCAGUAAGUAUUUCAUUUUAGUUAAAAAGCUUCAUACGUUUUCAUCAAACCGAAUGCUGAUUUUUGUAGCCUAUGCUUUUAACCAAUCACAAUCAGGUCUGGUCAAAGUCACCGUGGUCCCUGUACUAUGUGCUGGGACAUAACUGAGGUAACAGCCAUCCUUCUCAACACAUAGUCCUCUUAGUUCAUCAAUAGUUGUAAACUGUAUCUACAUUAUUAUGGAUGUAUGGGGCUCUGUCUUGUCAGCAGUUGAUUCUGAUGGCACACCUGAGAGAAGGUUGAGCUCCUUGACAGAAAUUAUAAUGCCACGGAGUGGGAUGUAUUUCGCUGUUAUUAACCUCCUACAUUGACGUUACUAUAAAUCCUUAAAAAUGUGUUGGCAAGGGGAUAACUAUUAAAGACAUAUUCAAACAUACUCAUGCGCUAUUUCUUUUCUUUACUGAGUAUUUUCAUUUAGCUGCAUUCAAUUCUACACACUGCACAAUGCAGGACUCCACAGAGACAGACACUUUUUAGUAGUUCGGUGCACGGGUUUGAUUCCCAUGAAAAUAGAAAUCCCAAUUCCUCAGCGGCUGCUCUCUCCCAGCAGAGCAGCUAGCCCAGUAAUGUCAAACAAUGAAACCACUGGUGCGUCUCCGGCAGUGCCACUUGUCAUCACAACAGACGAGGGCGAGGCCUGAGAGGCCAACUUAAAAUCCCUCAUCCGCUCCUCUCGUUUAAAAACCAGAGGGUGACCUUAAACAAGAAGCCCACCUCACCUGCACUGCAUUUAUCCCAAACACAGGAAUAUACACUAUUAACAAUAUGCUGUUUAUAAGUCUUUAGAAAAAGGGCUGAGAUUGGGAAUCGAGCCCAGUACGUUUCAGCAGGGAAGACAAUGCCCUGUCGACAAGAACCUGCCCCCUUUCUUUAACACAGCAUCAGUGACAAAAAGGGAUGAACCAGAGGAAGAUGAAGUCGCAAGUAGCCGCCAAUCUGUCAGAAUAGUGCCGUAUAUCUCUCCACACCGGGCCUCUUACCAAUCUCCUCAUUUAGCGGAGCUUGCCGCCGCACCUGUCCCGUGUCUGCGCAGCUGUUGAUUGCUGGAAGGCGAGCAGAUGAGCAGGUGCGCCCACUUUGCAUAAUUGGGUCCGUCAACUGGUAUCGAUGGUUCAAGGACUUUUUUGAUUGGAGCAUCGACAGCACACGUGGCCGGUCAUUUGAAGAAUGUGUCUCAUCACCUAGCAUCCCUAAGCGACACGUUGGGAUCGAUGUAUCUUUCAUGUACAAACCCAAAACACCACCUUGACCUUCUGCAACGGACUGGGAUCGUGAGCGGCUCCUCUCUGCAGCAUUAUCGCGCUCCUCCUCGCCUCGAAGUGCGUCCGGACACUUUUGGUUUUUCCUUCUCCUCUUCGCAGAAUUCUCAAAACGUUAAUGACGCGUUCGGCCAUGGAGAUCGCUGUGGACCGAGGCUCCUGCGUCUUCCUUCAUUGGAAAGACACCGACUACAGGGACGUAUAGCCCUACCGUCCCCCGCCGCCGGUAUCCCUCUGUACUUCACCGGGAACACCGUCACAGCUGCUCGUCGCUGGGCGCUCGGUGCCUCCGUGUCGUUGGUCUCCAUCGCACCUAAAUCCGUUUUUUUUAGAAAUUGAACCACAUCGGAAAGUUACCUACAAAACAAGAAGGAUACAAAAUUCAAGACAUCCACCAUUUCUGAGGAGUUCUCCCAGCCUUUGCUUGACGCUCGUGGAAGACUCACAAUCCAACUCGUGUAACAAGGAGAGCUCCCUCGGCAGGCAUCCCGGCUUCCCCCACAAUGAGCUGCCAAUGUUGACUCACCGCCAAACCCACUGUCUUUCUCUCCCGGGUCCGGGGAUCUUCUAGAGGGCCGGGCCCCUCCCGACUACCAUGAGAGGGUUGGGGGCCAACCGCCACCGGCACCUAUCCGACUCCUGCGAUCCGGCACUGGGGCACCCGGAAGCCAUGUACCCCCAAUCCCACCAGACCAGCACCCUGCCGCGCAGCCCCUACCUCCUCAGCCCCGCCACCAUGGACCACUACGGCACCAUGGACCCCCACCACUACACCGCGGGCAACCCCGUCUCCCUGCCCUCAGACCUCAUGCUGCCGCUCAACAACCAGCUGUCCAACAGCAGCACCUUCCCCCGCAUCCACUACAACUCGUACGACCAGUCCGACUUCUCCCCGCCCGGGGGGGACAACAUCGGCGGGAUCAGCACGGGCACCCUGGGCACCUCCAUGUCCAUGGGCAUGGGGAUGGCCAGCAUGGCGGGCAUGGGCGGACGGACGGCCCUGAUCAACAGCGGCUCGGCCACCAUCUCGCACCACCACCACGCGUCCAAGAACCAGGCGCCGACCGCCAACAUGCUGGAGCAGUUUGAGAACCAGCUGCCGGGCGGCCGCGACGGCUUCAGCACGCUGCAGUACCACCGGGCGUCCGCCGCCGCCGUCGCCGCCGCCGACGCCAAACAGCGCACCGACAGCCCCGGGCGCAUCCGCUACAUGCUGCACUCGGUGCAGAAGCUCUUCGCCAAGUCCCAGUCGCUGGAGGGCCAGCACAUGAAGGGCAACGUCAACGGGCGCUCGGGCGGCAGCGGGGGCACCUCCUCGGGCACGGAGGACGGCAGCAAGCAGGGCCGGCGCUCCAAGAGCAAAGACCGGGGCACCAAGUCGGAGGGCCAGGCCAAGCGGCGGCCGCGCUCCAACAUGUCGGGCUACUGGAGCUCCGACGACCUGGACAGCAGCGACCUGAGCAACUACCGCAACCCCGUGGCCAUGAUGACGGUGGGCCGCGCCUCGGGCCACGACAGCCAGCCGGCCCAGAACCGGUACAUCCACAGCGGCUACAACACCAUCAGCUCCUCCAAGAGCACCCAGGAGAUGCGCUACCCGGCCCUCUCCGUGGCCGUGGGCGGAGGUGGUGGAGGAGGAGGAGGCGGGGGAGGUGGAUCGCUGGGGAUACACGACAGUGACUUCAUGAAAGGGAACUCCUGGUCCACGAUGACCAUGGGCCAGCCCAGGCAGGUCCUCCCCCCCUCCUCCAAGAUCUCGGCCACCCUUGACCGAUCCAUGCUCAAGUCCAAGUCCUGCCAGCCAGAGCUUACGGGAAACUAUCUGCAGGUGGGUCGAAGGCAGGGAGACUGGAGCAGCACCCUGGGCCGGGUGGGCGGGGCCCAGGAGAUCCCGUGUCGACGCAUGCGCAGCGGCAGCUACGUGAAGGCCAUGGGCGACAUGGAGGAAAGCGACGACUCAGACGGAAGCCCCAAACCGUCGCCCAAAUCCACCGCCCGCCGCCAGAGUUACCUCAGGGCCACCCAGCAGUCUCUGAGUGACCAACAUCCUCCGCGCAACUGUCUUCCGUCUCUCAGCGAGCUCUCCAACAACCGCAGCCUGGACAACCUGGACUGCAUCGGGGGCCCGGGCUCCUCCUUCCCCCGGUGGGAUGACGACGACUUCAGCCAGGCCUGCAGCACCCUGGGCCGGGGCAGCUGCCUGGGACAGCUACGGGACCUGGAGAUGAGCCCGCGCUACGAGGACCGCAGCUCCGACUCCACGUACCGGGACUCGCGCCCGCCCUCUCAGGACCAGCCGGAGCCCCCCGACCUGCCCAUGCCCACGUGCUUCCGCUCGCGCAGCCACAGCUACCUGAGGGCCAUCCAGGCCGGCUGCUCCCAGGACGACGACACGGCGUCGCUGGACUCGGGGUCGCCGCCGCCCACCGCCACCACAGUCCACACCUACAGCACCAGCACUGUCUCCACGUGUAUCACCACCAGUAAGCGGACGGCCCCGCCGCCGGUGCCCCCCCGCACCACCUCCAAGCCCUACAGCUCGGUGACGGUGCAGAGCAGCACCGAGUCGGCGCAGGAGGACACCUACCUGCAGGACCUGCAGGACCGGCGCUCGGAGGCCACCAGCCAGUCCAGCCACGCCCACAGCAACUCGUCCGACAGCCUGGACAGCAGCCACGCCAACAGCCUGGCCCGCGGCAUCCCGCGGCCCCUGCAGACCAUCACCGCCGUCCCCGUGGCCCUCGCCCGCGAGCCCUACGCCUCGGCCAUCCUCGGAGCCAUCGGCACCGCCUCCGCCGUCGCCGCCACCGCCAACGCGUGCACCGACACCAACGACGCGCGGUCGCACUCGCACGCACACUCGCACGCGCGCGCCCACUCGCACGCCUCCACCGCCGUGCAGCACGACCUCCCUCCCCUGCGGACGGGAGGCGGAGGCGGCGGCGGUAAGGGAGGACUGCUGGGGGAGGAGCCUCUGGUGGCGCCGAUGCCCAGGAGGAAGCUGUCCUCUAUAGGGAUACAGGUGGACUGUAUUCAGGAGGUCCAGCGAGAGGACUCUCCGCAGCUGGCCCGGUUUCAGUCCAUCGGUGUACAGGUGGAGGACGGCUGGCAGGUCGGCCACUCCGGCAGCAUGGCCUCCAAGCAGGACUCUGACACCACGCCGGACCUGCCCUCGGCCGCCGCCGCCACCUCGCACAUCCUGGCCUCCAGCAACGGCCGGGCCGCCGAGAGGAAGGUCAUGGUGAACAGCGCCAGCCAGUCCACCGACUCCCAACGCGGGGGGAGCACCUCGCUGGACAACGGCGAGGGCCUCGGAGACACCGCCACCACCGCCGCCGCCACCACGGCCGCCGCCACCACCUCCUGCUCCACCUCGCCUCCGCCCCCGCCGCGGCAGAUCCUGAACCGCUCCACCACGCGCAGCAGCUCGGACUCGUUCUCCGAGAGCAUGGACCCUGCCCUGGACCCCUCGUCCCUGCCGCCGCCGGACCCCUGGCUGGAGAGUGUGAGCGUUGGGGUCGGAGGAGGAGGAGGAGGAGGAGGUGCUGGUGGCGGUUCCGGUGGUGGGGGGACACUGUGCAGGAGAGACGGCCACUGGUUCCUGAAGCUGCUGCAGGCGGAGUCGGGCCGCAUGGAGGGCUGGUGCCAGCAGAUGGAGCUGGAGACCAAAGAGAACCAGAUCUCUGAGGAAGUGCUGGGGAAGGUCCGUAGCGCGGUGGGGAGUGCCCAGCUCCUCAUGACCCAGAAGUUCCAACAGUUCCGGGGGCUGUGUGACCAGAACUUGAAUGUGAGCGCCAACCCGCGGCCCAGCCCCCAGGACCUGGCAGGCUUCUGGGACCUGCUCCAGCUCUCCAUCGAGGACAUCAGCCUCAAGUUCGACGAGCUUUACCACCUCAAGUCCAACGACUGGCAGCCGGCGCCCAGCUCCGCCUCCUCCACCGCCGCCGCUGCCUCCGCCGCCGCUGCUGCCACCACAUCCGCCCUCUCGUCCCCUGAGCGGAAGGACCAGGAGACGGGCAAGAAGCCCGCUAAGGGGCGACCGGUACUGGGCCGCGAGAAGAGCGUGGACUCGUCGUCCGCCUCGUCAGUGGAGAAGCAGCGGCAGGAGGCCCGCAAGCGCCUGCUGGCCGCCAAGAAGGCUGCAUCGUUCCGCCAGAACUCGGCCACCGAGAGCGCCGACAGCAUAGAGAUCUACGUCCCGGAGGCCCAGACCAGACUAUGAGGGAACCCCCCCAGGGAGAGGGAGAAGGGUGAGGAGGAGGCCGUAAUCCAUGGUGAUGCUCUUAUCUCAGAAGUUAAGAGGAUUGUCAAUGUAAGUUCUUCCCGACGCCUGAAGAGGAAAACCAAACAGGAAAAAAAUAUGGAGAGAAAAAAAAUUAACAGAAAACAAAACGCUGCAGGGAUAUUGAGUUUGGGGGUCUGGGGGUCCAAGUGUGUUUAAAAUGUGGACACCCACACAGUUGAGCCCUGAUGACUAUGGGAAUUCCCUAGAUCUAACACCUAAAUGACUGAUGACUCACGUUGUUACUUGAUGAUGAACACUUAUUGUUACUACUAUUGAAUAUCAACGAUGAUGAAUAGCGCUGGUAUUAUUAUCUCUCCUAAAGAAACUCUAUUAAGACUGUUUAUAAAUAUUUUAUCUUGGCCAUAAGAUCUACUACUAAUCAGACAGGGGUCAAAUAUGUGUGCUUUUCUGUUUCUCCUCUUCCUGUCUUUCCAAGGCCUUGGCUAUCCUGUAGCUUUGCACAACACCACCUUCUGGACAUCACAUGAAUUACAUACACAACAGAUACACUAAGCUCAGUCUACUUUGUCUACCGUGUCUUUCUUUGUUAAUUUUCUCACAUUUGGCACGUUUCUAUGUGAAGAACCAUAAUUAUAACUCUGCUUUGCAAUAUGGAACUAAAUUAGUGUUCAGAAUCACAAAAUAGAUUAAUGCUAGGUUUUUGGGUUUAGGGUGCAUCCUUUCAAAAUAUUUCGAUCCAUGGUUUAAAAUACUAUGGAGGAUACUAGGGCAGAAUAUGUAGGUAUAUAUUGAACAAAAGCAUAUCCUGCUGAAAAUGCGAUGACCAAGCCCAGCGAUCCUAUCAGAAUCUCUGGCUGUAGCCAUGCUUGCGUGUCCUGAGAUUUCCUGGCACUAUGGAAAUAAGCUCCUUCACACCCUCUUGGAUUCCUUUUCAAGUCUUCCUUUUAAAGCAUUCUUUCUUCUCUGUGUGGAGAUGUAUGUUUUGGUGACUUGGAUAUUCAGUAGCAGCACCUUUCCAUCUUUUUGUGAAGCAUACAAUGGGUAAAUGCUUCAAAUCGCUUCACCUUAAGAUUCAUAUUUCAACUGAACCAUAUCACUCAAUCCAAUGCAAAAGUGUGUUGAGAUAGUUUUUCAUUAUAUUACUUUUUAUAAAUGCCAACCCCUAGUGGAAUAUAUAUUGAUACAUCAUCAAUAUAACAGUAUUCUUAUCACUCUUCAGCAAGAUUAUCAAUUUGCAGUUAAAGUUACUUUUUUGUUAUUAUUUCUGCCAAACAGUUCAGUGAAAGCAUGGCCUGUCUUGGUCAAUACGCUUUGCCAUCAUUCAUUCAUAUAAGCUUGUUUGUGAAUGGGAAAAUGCCGUAAAGCCAAAGACAAAUUGACAUCUUAAAAUCAAUACAAUAUCAUCAACACCAUUAUUAACUUCAGGCUUCAUUGUUAAGGGUGGUUGUGUGUGUGUGUGUGUGUGUGUGUGUGUGUGUGUGUGUGUGUGUGUGUGUGUGUGUGUGUGUGUGUGUGUGUGUGUGUGUGUGUGUGUGUGUGUGUGUGUGUGUGUGUGUUGAUGAGUUGAGGCCAACAAGGGCGUAUCCCACUCUGUCCCAGGUUUGGGUGGCAGCGUUGUAGCGCGUUCUUUCCUCAAGCCCCAGCUCUCCAGAGACACUUCCCCCUCCCUCUAUUUAGAUGGCAUUAACAUAUUCUAAAUCUUGAUUGCAGUCUCCCAUCCCAAGGGGGGCUGCCGUUGUCAAUGCAGCCCCAGGCUUUUAAACCUUUGUUGUUGUUUUGUAACAAACACGGAUUAUGUCUCACACUGGACAUACACUAUCCCACAUAAAACACAAAACAAGUUUAGAGGGUCUUGAGUAUGGGUGAAACGUCUUCCUCUCCAUCUCAAAUGGGCCCAUCCGCACAGUCUGUCAGACGUCAAACUACCACUAGCCCCCAGUGUCAUUGUUGGUGUUGAAUAAGUGCAAUGCGACCCGGUUGGCCCUAUGGCUGCUCUAAUGCUCUGCCUCUCACCCACUGUGAUCCAGAAAUGUUGGGCUGGGCUUUGAAUGAGAAAAAGCCAACAACAAGCUGGCUGGCUGUUUCACUCUCUCCUGGUCAGAGCUUUCAGUUGAUGGCCGGUCUUUGUGUGCUGUUGUAUUUGAUGGGGAUGACUCACUAAGGUAAAUGGCUCGGGGGUGUGAAAAUCCUAGCGUCGUUAGCACCUUCAAGAUCUUUUGUCCCGUUUGUCCUCUGUUGUCAGCUCCAAUGGAAUUCCAGAGAAAGCCAUGUCUGUCUGUGUCUGACAAGUUUAACUCCAAUCACUUUAGGUGAGGUGAAUUAUAGUUGUCUGUUUUCUUCACAAAGGCCACAUCAACUGCACAAUGGUGUGAUUUGGGUACAUUGAGUAUAUGAGGUUCAUUUAAUUUUAACCUGAGAAAUAACUUCUUGUAGUUUUGUUGGUUGAAAAAUGGAUAAUCAUGGUCCAUCCUUUGAAUGCAAGUUGAAAAUGUAUCAUGUGUUCAUUGUAAGAAUGCAAACGUUUGUGUUCUUUUUGGUUUCUAUCUUCUGCAAAUGCAUCUAUUAUAGUGCGCACUGAUCUGAACUAUCACAACAUGGAUGACAAGCAUUGCUGCUCCUAGCCUAAGAAGACUUGAGUGUGAAUGUGAAUGGCAGCCAAGUGACGGAGGCAUAUCUAUUCCUUUAUACAAGGAUCGCAUUGCAAUACACACUUGUCAGCCACAGUAAUGUAUGGGACACACCUGGUCCACUUCCUGGAGAGGUUUAUCCAUGAUCCAAAGGGUUCCAUUGUGUGCUUGUGUUAUUUUCCCAGUGGCUCAUUUGAAGUUGAUAAUGGUCCCGUGAUAGCUCCUUCCGCCUUCGUCCUUUGCUUUCUUUUGUUGGGCAUUUGCUUGCGUUUAAAUUGAAGAUAAGUAAUACUCUAUGUAAAACCAACUGUGUAUCAUGCACAUGGCAGAAACUAAUGUGCACAAAAAAUGUUUUGGGGUCAUGUGUUCUUAUGUAGGGCUCAUUGAUAAGGAUGCAGAUGCACAAAUCCUAAUAAUGACCAAUGGGAUGUAAGCGUAACUUUACUUGAAAUUCUAAUUCAAUAUAAUACAGACGAAAAGGCCCCGUGGACACUUUCAUUACCCUUUACAGUUCAGUACUACCGGUCACCCUUUGGGUUUCCAAGCUUUUUUGUCAAGGGGCCCCAUUGUCAACUCCCUGUCCCUAUCCCCCAAGUCCUAAAUUGCUUGCCUUUUAUUUGUAUUUAAAUAUAUCACUUUUCACCAAAAGUGAGCAGAACCCGUUGUCUCUUUUCAGCAUCCAUGCAAGGUCUUGUAUUUAUAUUUCCCCACUUCCGGUGUGUGUGCGUGUGCGUGCGUGUGUGUGUGUGUGUGUGUGGUCACCGAGUCUCUGUUGAUUAUGAUAGGCAACAAGCAAAGCAACGUCAGAGACGGACGGGCACACCUAGCUGGAGAGAGUGAUCUAGGUUGGAGUACAACAUAAUAUGCUGCCUUGUAGAAAAGCCAACUAGGAAAAAAAAAAGAAAUUGAAACUACCGCCAAUAAUUCUGCUGACUGCCACUGGGUGGGAUAUGAAAACUUGGAGGCAUACGAAUCUAUGCUCAAUCAGCAGGAGAUAAGAUGUAGCAUUACAAACCCUAGAGGAAAUAUUUUAUAAAACAAGCACAUAUUUUAAUGAGUAGGAUUUGUUUGGUAUCGAUAAAGCUAUAUGUAGAGACUGUGUUUGCCAAGGUUUUAGGGGGUUUGGUAUAAACGUGUUAUGAGGUGCACAUGUUGCUGAAUGAGUUGUUUAUAUAAAAAUUAUAGAUUUAUUAAAUUUGUUCUCGCUAUUCUCUGUUAACAUUAAACGUAUAUGUGCAAUACUAAAGAUAAGUACAUGGGUUCUUUGAUAAUAAAUACAUUCUAAUAAUGUUAUCCCAUGCCUGUUACAAAUCACUCUGUAUAUAAGAGACACAGUUUGAAAAGCUUCAUCUUUUGCAAUGCUAGAUGUAUUUAUACUAUUUUAAAGGGUGGUCCCAUGUAUAACGGUGAGAGGUCAAAUUAAAUAAAAUGCACACAAUACUUUCUCAAAAGUUUAACUUGUG